AUGUCUUAUGAUAACAUCGGUGCAGUGUACGAACAUAUGAAUGAUUUUGCCAAGGCACUUUCAUAUUAUGAAAAGGCUCUAGCAAUUCGUGAAAAAUCACUUCCAGCCACACAUCCUGACUUAGCUGCUUCUUAUAAUAAUAUAGGUAUGGUGCACUUUAACAUGAAUAAUUAUACCGAAGCACUCUUAUGGCACGAAAAAGCUCUCAUAAUUCGACGAAACUCACUUCCUUCGAACCAUCUGGAUUUAACCAUAUCCUAUGAUAGUAUUGGUAUGGUAUAUCAUAAAAUCGGUGAUUACAAAAAAGCUCUGUCAUAUACUAAAAUGGUUCUCGAAACUUUGCAACACUCACCUACCCCCAAUCAGUCCCAAUUAGCUUGGUGUUAUAACAACAUGGGUAUGAUCUACGACAAAAUGAACGAGCAUACAAAGGCACUAUCAUCUCAUAGGAUAGCGCUUACAAUUCGACAGAAGAUGCUUGAUUCCGAUCAUUCUGAUCUGGCUGUAUCUUAUAACAAUAUUGGUCAGGCAUACGCUGGCAUGGGUAACCACGAGAAAGCUCUAUCAAAGUUUCAACGUGCUAUAAGUAUUGCUAAAAAAUCUCUUCCAUUAGACCAUCCUGACCUUCAGCAAUACAUCAGCAAUUUAGAGAAUGCAACGAAAAAUAAAUUCGAAACCACAUUGACCUUCUUCUGA